AUGGCCGAUGACCCGCUUGACAGCUGGCUCAAGCGCGUCGAGGACUACAUUCGGAAGCACGGUGCGACAGAGCUUGGCGUGCUUGGACAGCCACAUGCAGGCUUGAGCCGACCAGCGGGCAUUCCAAGCAUCAAAGCAGCUCUUCAAGCGCGCCCGCAGCGCUUUGCGCUUGAAGUCCACAGCAGCAGCGGAUGUGUAGUCCACCUGUCCGCUGUUGCCAGCGGCGAUGCGUCGCAAUACAACCAUAAAUUCACGGACGGCAACAUGCAUGACGCCUUUCUCGCGCUGCUCAGGCUGAACAGAGCCUUCAGGCGGUCAGCGUGGCCAACUCGCCGCGACCAAGUGGAUGUUUCCGGGCAGGUGCUGUAUGCGAUGAGUCGCGGCGGCUACGUGAAGGUCACCGGCGGCACAACGCUCAAGUGGUCACAGCCCAGGAUCCAAGACGCCAUCACCAAGAUGCCGGACUAUAUCGUGGCGGCGGCCACGCCCGCCAACGCACCCUCACCUCCACCGCAGCAGGAGCAGCAGGCGACGCAUGCGCCCGCUCAGCAGACGAGCGCGCCAGAGCCCGAGCAUGCGCCCGCUCAGCAAACGAGCGCGCCAGAGCCCGAGGGCGAGGCCUUCAAGGCUAUGCAACGCAACGUCCUAGGUGACUACAGCCUCAUCCUCGUCGACAAUGAGGAAGCACUGCUCACUGCCCAGGCGCACUGUGCUGACGUCAUUGCGAGCGCGCCUGCGACGGUCGCGGUCGAUUGCGAGGGCGUUCCCGAUGGGCUCGACUUGGUGCAAGUGGCGAUACGUGCGGACGCCGGCCCGACGGUCCUCGUGUUUGAUUGCGUCAAGCUGACGCCCCGCCGCGUGUGCGAGUGUCUGCGUGACAUCCUCAUCUCGCCUGCUGUUACCGUGCUCUUUCACGACGUGCACAAGGACGCGUACGCUCUCGCGAUCCACGGCGGCGUGCCCGUGCUACACGGCGUCGUCGACACGCAGCUGGUCGCCGAGUUCGCAUGGGGCGACGUCUUCGUCGGCUUCAACAAGCUCAUGCAGAAGAGCGGCAGCUCGACCCACCCGACCAAGUACGCGAUGAAGGCCACCAUGGGCCAGAGCCUCUCCUACUGGAAGAAGCGCCCGCUGCGCCCGACGGACGUUGAGUACGCCGCGCUCGACGCGACGCUGCUGCUCGAAGCCCUGCCGAAGCUCAUGGACCUCGUCGGCGAUGCAUGGCUGCCGAUCAUGGCCGCGUCGAGGGAGCGUGCCGCUGCGGCGAUCGAUGGCGACGGCGCUCGCUCCAUUGGCUUCGACAUGGCUAGCGACUACGCUCUCGCGAGCACUGAGCUCUUGCGACACGUAAGGCCGGCAGACCUCUUCGUCUGCACUCCACUGCUGGCGGAGACAGACAACGAGACGGUCGUCAACCUGCUGCCUCGCGACAUGCGCCAGAAGCUCAAGACUGCUGAGGGGAAGCCCUUCUUUGGCCUGUUCGGAGGGACGGGCACCAGUGACGUCGCCACGCCUUCGACCGUCGAGAUGGACCGUCUGAGCGAUGUCGUGCUCGACGUGGGACGGCGGCCGCUCUGCUGGGUCGAUGGAAGCCGUGUCUUCUUGUGCGAUCGCGAGCAGCGGCUCGUCAACCGGGACGACGUCGACUACGUCACGCGCCAAGUCGGUGCCUUCGGAACGGAUCGGCGCGCGGGGAUGGACCGCAAGCUGCACCGCAUCAGCGCGAUGUUCAACCGCGACGAGCGCAUCGCGGGCCUGACCAUGCGCCUCGGGCGCUCAGUCCGCGGCAACGCGGACAUGAUCGUCGACCUGCUGCUCGGCAGCUCCAAGAGCAUCUUGGUGCUCGGCGAGCCUGGCGCCGGCAAGACGACGAUCAUCCGCGAGUGCACGCGGAUCCUCGCGGAGCGACACAACACGGUGGUGGUGGACACCUCCAACGAGAUCGCCGGCGAUGGCCUGAUCCCGCACGCCUGCAUCGGCCUCGCGCGGCGCAUGAUGGUCCCAUCGCUCGAUCAGCAGAGCGCGGUGAUGAUCGAGUGCGUCCAGAACCACACGCCGCACGUGAUGGUCAUCGACGAGAUCGGCCGGCCCAAGGAGGUGAACGCGGCGCGCACCGUGAAGCAGCGCGGCGUGCGCAUGAUCGCCUCGGCGCACGGCGACCUGCGCCGGCUGCUGAAGAAUGCCGAGCUGCAGGGCCUCGUCGGCGGCGUGACCAGCGUGCUGCUGGGCGACGCGAUGGCCAAGGAGGAGGCGAGGAGGAAGGGCGGCGAGGUCCACAAGAUGAAGGCGCAGCGAGGCGGCGAGCCGACCUUCGAUAUGAUCAUCGAGGUCCGUCGCGGCGCGUUGCACGAGUGGCGCGUCACCACCGACGUGGCGCACGCGGUGGACAAGAUCCUUGAGGGGGAGGAGUACAAGGUGCAGAUGCGCACACGCGAUCCGGAGACCGGCUCCAUCUGCCUUGAGCUGACGCGCGCGUGA